UGUAGGCACAUCGCCAAGAUGUUUAUAAAAAGUUUAAUUAUAUUAUCUUUUUUUAUAACGCAUGUUUUAUCUGCAGAACUAUGGCGAAAGCCUGGCUGUCAUCGAAUAGGACACACAAGAACUAUUAAUAUUCCAGAUUGCUUAGAGUUCAAAAUAACAACAAAUGCAUGCAGAGGUUUCUGUGAAUCUUGGUCUUUGCCAAGCAUUAUGCUGGGAUUUAAACGACAUCCUGUGACGUCUUUAGGCCAAUGUUGUAAUAUAAUGGAGGCUGAGGAUGUUCCAGUGAAGGUAUUAUGUUUGGAUGGCGAAAGGAAUCUCAUAUUUAAGUCAGCACUAUCGUGUGCUUGCUACCAUUGUCAAAAAGAAUAAAAUAGAUAAAACUGCGUACCUAACUACCUACUUGAAUUCAAACCAUUUGACAUUUUACCAUCUUACCUUGAUUCAAUUUAUAUAAGUUAUAAAUAAUUGAUAAAUUUUGGGAUCUUGUUAUAAAUAUAAACUAACUUGAAUGUAGCUAGUGAAGCAAAGAAAAUAAAUAAAAGUGUAACUCGCUGAAUAUUUAAUGUAAGAUUAUGUAAUAAUAGUAUAAUUACACAUAUCGAUGAUCAAAAGAAUAACAUAAAAAAUAAAAAAUAUUUUAUCAGAA